GAGGUAACGAGGCGUGCUCGCUCCGCGCGGCCCGGCGCUGAGUUAAGCAGGGUCUGCCUGGGUCAGCAAGUGGAUGGGAGACUCCGGGGAGGGCUGUGUUACUUCUUUGCUGUCAUCCUCCGCGUUGUGAGGCCGAGCCGGUGUAGUAAGCGCUGGUGUACCCAUGAGCCUGCUGUGCUUGGCUUGCCCUGCGGGGCGGCGGGGGUCAGGCCAGGUGCUGGUUGGUGCCGAUGCAUGUGUUGGCCCAGAUGCAUCCGGUCCUAAAAGCUUUUGUCUGUGGUUCCAUCAGUGGGACUUGCUCCACCCUCCUUUUCCAGCCCCUCGACCUGCUGAAAACCCGCCUGCAGACUCUGCAGCCUUCUGUGAAUGGGUCCAGUCGUGUUGGGAUGGUAACACUACUCUUUAGGGUUGUUCGUACAGAGAGUCUCUUGGGGCUCUGGAAAGGUGUCUCUCCAUCUUUUGCAAGAUGCAUUCCUGGGGUUGGGAUUUACUUCAGCACUUUGUACACAAUGAAGCAAAAGCUUCUAGUGGACCGUUCGCCCACGGCCUUGGAGUCUGUCUUUCUGGGUGCUACCUCCCGUGCUGUAGCUGGGAUUUGCAUGCUGCCAGUGACUGUAGUGAAGACCCGAUAUGAGAGUGGAAGAUUUGGCUAUGGGAGUAUAUAUGGAGCUCUGAAGAAUAUAUAUCAAAUGGAGGGGGCUCGUGGCUUGUUCAGUGGGCUCACUGCAACGCUGCUGCGGGAUGCUCCUUUCUCUGGAAUCUACCUGAUGUUCUACACACAGACCAAAAAACUCACCCCUCAGGAUCACCUGGAUCCAGCACUCAUGCCCUUGCUGAAUUUUGGCUGUGGGAUCUUUGCGGGAAUCUUGGCUUCACUGGCAACACAGCCUGCUGAUGUCAUCAAAACACAUAUGCAAUUGUCCCCACAAAAGUACCACAGGACGACUCAAGCCAUUGCCUUCAUCUACAAGGACUUUGGGUUAGUUGGCUUUUUCCGAGGUGGUGUGCCCCGGGCCCUAAGGCGUACUCUGAUGGCAGCAAUGGCAUGGACUGUAUAUGAACAGAUGAUGGAAAAAAUGGGAUUGAAAUCUUGACUGACUUGCACUAGAAAUGACCAGCCUCACUCCUUUUCCCGCUUGCUGUGAUCAACUGGCAUUGGGAAGUUUCCAGUUCCAUGAAUGAAUGAGCUUUCUUCAGCUAGGAAGAAGAAAUCCCUUUUGAGAUGGGAGUUAGGCCUUUGGGCAAGCAGAGAAAAGACAGAUCGGAUCGCCACAUCAUUUGAGUAAGGCAUUCCAGAAAGACUGCACUUGUAGAGACUGCUGUGGGAAAUGGCAGGGUUCUCAAAACUUGGGAACUAUGCUCAGAGAAGCCCCUUUUACAAAUAGCUUUGUGCUCUCCACCUUUAUGCAAUGAGCAAUUCCUGAGCAGAAGUUUGAGGAGAAAACAGUGAAGACAAUGCUGAUUGCAGAAUCUGUCAGCCUGUUCCUUACUGGUGUAGCCAUUAAGGCCUUGUUGAUUCACCAUCUGAUGUAGAUCAGCCUUCCUCAUAUGAUUUGUUCUCACAGUGGAACAUUGCAGAAGAUGUUAGGAGACUGGCUGUGUGUCUUAGUGCUUAUAUUGCAGGGGCAGGUGGAAGAGAAAUGAAAGGCUGAAAGAAAGCUAGGAACAGGCUGUGUUAUCACUUGCUGACUAUGCUUGAUAACAGAGAAAGUAACUGGAACCUCCUCGUUAUUUGUUUUUACCUAAAUGAACAUUUUAACAGUCUUCAGGUGUGCUUCUGCCUCUACAGCAGUGCUUGCAUGGGAAUUAAGAAGCAUAAGGCACUUUAAAGUAGAAUAGAGAGAGUUGAAUUGUUACCAAAGUUGUAUUAAUUCCCUGCAAAACAUUUUUCCUGUUGGUCUGACUAUAUCAGGAAUACUUCAGUAUUUUUUUUUAAUCCAGUUCAUUUGCUGAUCUCCAUUCUCUACUCUCAGUGCAAGCUGGUCCUUAGAUGUAGUUUUUAAGGACAUAGUUCGUAAUGCGUAAAUGUAUAACAGAACCAGAUAUUGGCACUUCAGACUUCACUGAGAAGUUGCUGCUGACUGCAUGAGGAGUAUCUUCGGUUUUGGCAAGAGAAGGCUGUUCUUUUCUGUAAGUUUUUUCCAAAGUUUUGAGGUCUCUGAGUGUUUGGUAGGGAACUUUCAUCUCUGGGCUCUGCAUGGAUCCUGGAUGGGUUUCCAGAUGCUCUUUCUCUUUCAGAAGGUAGGCCAUUCACAUUUCAGUAUUCCUGCUGUUAAACUGGGAGUCAGACCUACGCUUUCCAUCAACUGUGCCUUCUUUCUCAUUCCUACUUUGUUACACAGACCUGAUAGUGUGUGCUUUUCAAAGUCAGAUAUAGCACGUUCCGUUCUUCACUUGUGCCUCAGUGAAGCCUGGCUGAGUUGGUGUUGCUGCAAAGGUGGUCAUGGAAGUCAUCAUCCUAUUCCAUGGUGAGCCUUGCAGACAACAUAGCUUUGGUUCUUUACUUGAAAACAAGAGCAGAAGUCUCUAAAUAUGAAUACGUGACACACUCCAGCUGUACAGGCAACUGGUAUUACCUACUGUUCUUUAUUUUAAGUGUAAUUUUCACAAUCAGUGCUUGCCCUGGCAGCCUCCUGAACACAAGAUCAGAGGGGAGAUAGAUUGUAAAAGAUGUUCAUUAUCACAAGUCCAACCCCAAGAAGGUGUGAUGACUGACAGAAAAGUCUAGGGAGAGUCUAAGGGACAGGCUAGAGGCUUGGAAGGUGCUGCCUAUUUUCAGCCUUAGCCCAUCCAUGAUGAGGACUGGCGCUACGCAGCAUGGGAGUCUCCAAGUAGUAGGAGAGUCCUGUGUACAUUUGUCUGCAUGUUAAGAAUAGAGCACUACAUCAAAUAAUUCCAAUCAAAAUCAGUUUGUGGCUGACAACCUACCAGAUUCCCAGACCUGCUUCUGACUGUCAGACAUGUGGACAGAUGCCUUAUCCUAAGUAUGAAGAACUUUUCCUUUCUUUGGCUGGCUGUCCCUUCUGCUGCUGGUGACCUGAAAGGUGCCUGCGUGAAACAGCAGUGGAAACUGCUGUUUAUUGCCCCAAGCACUACAGCCUCAGAGAGCCAGAGAAUCAAGUCUGGGGUUACUGACCUGGCAGAGUAAGGUAGCAACUGUAUGAGCUACUCCGAGUCUUCUUUAAGCAUGGGAUGAAACCAACAUACUAUACUAGAAGCCUGAAUUUAUCUGGAGCUUUCUGAAUCUGUUGUAUGAAGUGGAUCUAUUUCUCAUCUCGGGCUGUGGCAGUCCAAGGCUGUGGAUGGUGUCCUGCAAGAUACUUCAUGAAUAUUGUAGUUCCUGAUUUAGCAGUGGUAGAGCACAGCAGUGUGCCACUUGUGCAGACAGAAACUUAAAUUCUUAAAAAUGACUGUCAGGUGUUAAAUCUCAAAUUAAGUAAUCUCUGCAUCAGAAGCCUGAAAUGCAGGAACAAUUCAACAGCUUUUAUGCCCUAUACUCUUGCUUGCUCAAGUAACAAAGGAAGAAUCGAGAGAAUCUGUUCUGACAUGCCAGAAUGUCUUAAAGUAUACUGUUUUUCGUUCGAUUUUUCUUUGGAAAAGUUCUUCCAUUCUUCUCCUUUUGUGGAGAAUGAGGAGGGCUCUUUGUUGUUCCAGUAGGGGGAAGAGGUAUAUGCCUUUGACUCGUGAAUUAGCCUGGGCUCCUUUAAGAAAUAAGAGACUCUGAACUGCUUUGUGUUUUGUCAAAACCUUGGUGCUGCAAAUCCAAAAUCUUUCCCAUGUGUGUGUUGGGGGAGUGGGUUUUGUGGGUUUUUUUGUUUGCCUUUCUUCAGUAUUUCUUUGUCAGGUCUUCUAUAUUUGAGGGGAAAAAGAAGCCUAAAUUUCUGCUUUGUGCUCUUCUGAAAGCUGUAUGAAUGUAGCCAGGCACAAGACUUAUUUUUGAGCUCUGUCCUUACCCUCCUUUCUCCUCUUCCCUCUCUGCACAAACAUUCUAUUUCUGAAGUGAUCCAUUGACUUUAUUUCUCAAAAGCUAUAGCAAGUCAAGGAAGACAAAUAUGUGAACUUGAAGAUUAGGUAUACUGCUCUUGAGGUCAUAUGCUUCUCAUUAACAACAAAUGGCCAUUGUACAACUGGAAUACAACUUAAAAUCAAGGAAGUUUCAGAGACUGGCACUGGAGCACUUACCUGCAUCACCUCAGUCCUCUCUUUAUUUACAAAGCUACCCUAGCUUGGAUUACAGAGAUGGUGGUGUUGGAAAGGGUGAUGCUUUCCAAUGUAGGACAAGGGUGCAGCCAGAUCCCUCUCUGAAUGAUCUGAGAUGCUGGCAAUACAUUAGGAGUGAGUAUGUACUCGUAUUUUUGCUCUCUUUGCCCAUGCAGCUAUGGUAGCAGAACACAACUGUUUAAUCCAUUGAGGCAGUUAGUAUUUAAGUGAAUUGUACAGACACAAGAGAAAUAGUCUGAUUAUUUAUUUUUUAGAAACUCUGUUUGCAGUCUUCCUGUGUCUGAUGGCUUUAUUUUUUUUUCCCUUGUACUAUUUAAACACAACUGGAGCUUUGGAACAUUGUCUAGGUUUGAGUGCUGUGAAUGUUCUUGUGUCUAUAUAAAGUAUUUAUGUGAGAAGAGUAUAUUUUAUAUUGCUAUUAAAAACAACUGUGGUUGCCAAAAUGAA